AUACGGGCUGAAAGGAGAACGUCAAAAUCCGCUUGACUCAGUCAUAUACCAAUUUCGAACUUUUUACGCGACUGCUAAAAUUUUACGGAAAAUAAAUCAUAAAAAAUUCUACUUGAUCGCGGUUCAAAAUUUGCGUCCCGUUACAGAGCAGACGUCGCGUGUGUUGUUCCGGUGUUGAUAGUGCAGUAAAUCUUGCCCUUUUCAAGCCAGCCGGAAGUGGUGCAGAAAGGAUGGCCUCGAAGUUUAAAAUGUGAAAGUUUUUUUUCCUUCGAUUUUUCUUUUGAAGAAAAUAAAUAAAUCCCUUUUUCGAGUGUGAACGUUCCCGGGGGGAAGACGAAGACGGAGCCUCCCCUUUGGAAAGCUAUUCGCCAGCAAGCGUGUAAUAUUUGGAGCCAUUGCCAGUGCCAAGCAACCGAAUCGCAGGUUUCGUUUUUUUUUUGCGGGAGGUUCUUGAGACCUUGAAAACAAGCGCAGCAUUUUGUAAGAUGUCGGUGGUACGGACCAAAGUUCUCGGCUUGGUGGACGUAAUAAUGCGCGUUCCCAGCUUGUUUAUCAUAGAUGAAAUACUCAAAAUCGGCAUGGGACUGCCAAAUUCGGCAUCGCUGUCGUCCGGUUCGGCUGCCAACGUAGCGUCGUCGGAAUCAUUGGUCAAUCUGACGGCAAAUGCUACCGCCAAAGUGGCCGCAUCGAUUGCUGCCGAUGUACUGGGCGGUACGCCCGAGAUAGGCCCGGACCACAGCACACUGAAGGACGACAUCGAGUUCUACAAGAUUGUGUCGCUGACGACGCUCAAAUUUUUGCUGUGCUUCUUCGGUUGCCUCAGUGCGGCAUGCGUCUUCAUGCUCUGGACACGCCACCUAGUCAUCGUGUACAUGUACAUCAUCUCGGUCGGGCUGAUCUUUCUGUCCUACUGGAGCAAUGUGUCGGCCCUGUCGGUCAUUUCGGACGGGCCGAGCCUGCUGGAGGACAUUCUUUCGCUAAACAUGGAGCGGCUGUUGGAUCCGGGGGGUGUCGCUCUGUCCAUACUGCCUCACCUGCUGGCCCAGUGGCUGAUGGGAGUGAUCUUCGCCUACAUCCACCUGGGUCCAAAAUACAAACUUACCCAGAAAGCGCUGCCAUUCAGCUUCCUGAUGCCAUUGUUCCUGGCGAUGCUGCCCCUGCCGACGGUAGUGUUGAAACAUUCCCCCGCAUUUGCCGCCAUCCUGCCACUGGCACUGUCCAAAAUAGCACUCUGGAGUUCCUCGUUUGAUGUGGUCAAGACGAUUCUCAGCGGUUACCAGCACGCCCGGAAUUUCGCCAGCAAUUUUGGCAUCUCGGCACUGAUCGAGAACGAAUGGCAACGGUUGAAUGUGCCGUGUGUGCUGAGGGCCUUCUGGACCAUUCGGCUGACGGAGCAGUUGAUCAGUUUGCUGAUGAAUUCGGACGUUCCGCUACGAUUCGCUGCCACUGUCCAGAGUCUGCUGGUCAGUGGCUGCGAAACACUGACGGCCGUUCUCGGCAUGACCAGCAUAAUUUCCCUCAUCUGUCACUACAUCGGGAAGGCAUUCCAGUUGUUUCUGCUGUCGGAAGAUUAUGACGAGGAUAAAUCCAUCGGUACCGUGUCCGCCAUUCUGUUCUACAUCUUGGCCCUCCAGACCGGACUGACUUCGCUUACUCCCGACAAACGGUUCAUUCGGUUGUGUCGGAAUCUGUGUCUGCUGAUAACCGCACUGCUACACUUUCUGCAUAACAUCGUAGCACCGAUUCUGAUGUCACUUAGUGCUGCUAGGAAUCCAUCGAGAAAACGUCACGCACGCGCCCUGAUGGUGUGCGCCUUUUUGCUACUCACUCCACUCGUACUGUUGAGCAUCCUGUGGACUCGUCACUCACCAUCGACCUGGCUUCUAGCGGUGACAGCAUUCUCGGUCGAAGUGAUAGUUAAAGUAUUAGUCAGCUUAGCAACGUACACCCUCUUCCUGUUGGAUGCUAGAAGGCAAACCUUCUGGGAGAAGCUUGAUGAUUAUGUGUACUACAUCCGAGCUUUUGGAAAUUCGAUAGAAUUCUGCUUUGGAAUUUUCCUAUUUUUCAACGGUGCCUGGAUCCUCAUAUUCGAAUCAGCUACCAUUCCUGUAGGCGGUGCGAUCCGGGCGCUGAUGAUGUGCAUCCACGCGUACUUCAACAUCUGGUGCGAGGCCCGUGCCGGCUGGGGUGUGUUCAUGAAACGCCGGACGGCGGUACACAAGAUCAGUUCGCUGCCGGAGGCCACACCGUUGCAGCUGACGUCGUUCGACGAUGUGUGCGCGAUCUGUUACCAGGAAAUGACCUCGGCGAAAAUCACUCGCUGCAAACACUACUUCCACGGGGUUUGCCUCCGGAAGUGGCUCUACGUGCAAGAUCGUUGUCCCCUGUGCCACGAAAUUAUCAUGAACCCGAACGGGAAAAAUGGCGACGGCAGUGAGGACGACGGAACGGAAACCGGUAACGAAGAGGGGGUAAUUCCUGCACAACAAUUGAACGCACACCGAGACUCGUCCUCUGCCAGCAGUGGAACGUCAACACGUGUGAAUGGUAGCAGCAGCGGCGGCAGCAGCAGCAGUAGUAGCACCAUAACCGAUGGGAUCAGCACCAGUAGUCGGAACCACCACCACCCGCUAACGGUCAGUGGAUUCCACAUUCCAAAUCCGUCGGUGGCUAGCACUACUAUCACUUCUUCUACUUCUGUUCCUUCCUGCAUCACGUCGGAAUCGUCCUCGUCGGCAUCAUCCUCAUCGUCCGGUUCAGCAUCGGUGACGGCUUCGUUCGAUUCGGCAGCUGCCACGGCGUCAGUAUUGUCGGACAUCCUUCGACAUCAGCAAUUGCAGCAACCGUCGCAUCAAGUGCGAUCCUCCGUCGAACGGGAUUUUCUCGAUGAACUGGAGUGAAGGAGGAAAAGGGAGGUUCACGGUCGGUCCACCGUACGUACGAGACAGAGAGAGAGAGAGAGAGAGAGAGAAAGAUUUAGUGAAUGAUUGGUGCUGACUAGUUUUUAUGUUGCGCUGUUUUCUCAUACAUCGGCGUAAAGCGAGCAAAUGAGCGAUCGGAUCGGAUCGGACGGGGAAUUCUAUCCUAUGUGAAUAUUGAAUGUCUGCUUGGACGGGACAGUUUUCCUGUUUUUUUUGUUUUUAGUUUAAAUUGUAUUUUCCCCCCAUUUUCAGUUAGUGAAUUAUUGCGAACAGGGUGAACAAUGGUAUAAGGGUUAAAUUAAAUUUGUUAUGAAACAACGAACUCGUAACAAACUGGGUGACCGUCUGAAGCAUAGCGGUCUAGCAGCUACAAAAUAAAUAAUAGGUUUUGAUUGCCCGAAAACGGCACGAGAUGAUUGAAGGCGGAUGGUGGAAACAGUACGCAAAAAAAAGACAGUUUAACCUUCAGUGCUCUAAUUUCAAAUUACGAAACAGUCACCAAGACUUCAAGCUUCUCCGGUAUUUUUUUAGCAUUUACAACGAUUCUAUGAAAUAAACUGGUUUGAUCCAACCUACAAAUCACGACGUUUGUGCAUGUUGGGAAAGAUGCUAUGUCGGUACAAUUCGGCACGGCUCAUUGAAAUUUAUAAACCGGAUCCUUCGAUUUCUAACUACAAUCAAACCAUCAUAAUCCACACCUCCUGUCGUUUCGUCGGUAACGCAAAUGACGCUCCCUAGCACAGAAUGCUGUACUGCAAGUGAUACUUAUAACCUACUAUCAAAUUCAUAUGUUGUUCUCAAAGUCCUCCGGAACCUCCUCGGAGGACUUUGUGUUGUUCUUUAUUUUGUUUUAAUCCUGUAGCCGAUAAGAAUUAGAAGGCAAUUAUUCGUGGGUGGGCUAGCUUAAAAACUGUGUAACUUAGAAGUUAAUUCCAGUCGAACGAAGGAAGCAAAACCGGAACAAUCAUACCGGUUUUUUUGUCCCGUCGUUAUGUUUUUUUUUAUUCGUUCGACUAACAAAUACCACAAAUACUAGUUGCAAUCCUGGAGAAAUAAAAAAAAACAAAAUCAUUUACGUGCGUGUACAUAGCAAACAAAGAAACAAACAAAAGCUAUCAACUUCAUUGAAGAGGUUGUAAUCACAUUGAAAAUGUGAGGAAAUGCCCGUUUACGGAGUAAUAAUAGACUAAGUUCGUAUUAAAAAGCAGACGCCAAA